AACCACGUUCUCUCUCUGAAUUUUCAUCUGCAGAGCAAAGCGACUUUCCUCUCUCUCAGCUCAUCGAUGAAGAAGGUCUCUGAUCCUUCUUCUCUGGUUCGCCUAAACAUUGGUGGGAAGAAAUUUAGAACAACAUUAGAUACAUUGACUCAGCGAGAACCUGAUUCGAUGCUAGCUGCAAUGUUUAGUGGCCGUCAUACUAUAUACCAGGAUCCUGGGGAGGGAUCUGUCUUUGUGGACAGGGAUGGGAAACAUUUUCGACACAUUCUCAAUUGGUUAAGAGAUGGCAUAGUUCCAACUCUUUCUGACUCUGAGAUUCAAGAGCUUCUGCGAGAGGCAGAGUACUAUCAGUUGCUCGGACUCAUCGAUGGAAUAAUUGAACUAACAAGUAAAAAGAAGGAAGAUGAGGAACCUCAGUCAGAGCUGAAGCGUGUUGAUGUUAUCAAGUGCAUACAGUUUGAGAAAGUUAGACUGCGAGGGGUUAACCUUUCUGGGCUUGAUCUGUCCAAGCUGGACCUUUCAUAUGUUGACUUCAGCUAUGCAAGUCUUAAAAACGUGUUCUUCUCACGUGCAAACCUUCAGUGUGCUAAGUUUCGGGAUGCAGACGCUGAGGGAUCAAUUUUUCAUAAUGCAACUUUGCGAGAAUGUGAAUUUACUGGAGCAAACCUUCGUGGGGCCUUAUUAGCAGCUGCUAAUCUCCAGAGUGCCAAUUUACAAGAUACUUGUUUGGUGGAUUGCAGCUUCUGCGGAGCAGAUUUACGCUCUGCACACCUUCAGGGGGCUGAUCUAACUAGUGCGAACUUAGAGGGAGCUAAUCUUGAAGGAGCAAAUUUGAAGGGCGCAAAACUUUCAAACGCCAAUUUGAGGGGUGCAAACCUACAACGAGCUUAUUUACGAUAUGUGAAUCUUCAAAAUACUCAAUUGGAAGGUGCAAGGCUGGAUGGGGCAAAUUUACUGGGUUCAAUCCGAUGAACUAAGUGUAGGUGUAUGAUUCAAGGAAUAUCACUAUGUUUUUAUAAGUAUAUAGCAUGCAUAUAUAUAAUAUCAUUCCCUGUUCAUUAAAUUAUGCGACAUAAAAUUUCCCUGUUCAUUAAAUUAUGCGACAUAAAAUUUAGGCCGAUGUUUAUAGACAAUCAAAAUCAUUUGGGCGGA